AUGGGAACCAAGGUACUGCGGCCCCAGGACUGCCUCCUCCGCCACCCCAGGCCCUUCUGCCGGACCAGAAACCCUUCCUCCAAGCGCCUCGUCUCCAGACGAGGUGAGUGUCUGCAGGGAUCCAAGGCAAGGAAGCGCGAGAUCACGGCUGCCGGCGUCGUAUCGGAGUGCGUCCCGGGGCGGUUGGUGCGGGAUGUGGCCACGAGAGAGGUACGGGUGAAAAUGGCAUUGACGCUGCCUCAGGACGUGUACGCGGGGUCGGCAUGCUCGCUGUCGCCGUCGCCGCAGGCGUUGCCGCUGCCGAGAUUCUCGAUGAGGACAGAGGAAUCGGCGGCGGCGGCCGCAUCGGUGGAUCCCUUCGCCACCAGAGACUUGAGGCGGUUGCUUCGGCUCGAAUGA